GCGACAGAUGGCCUCCCCGGGCGACCAUUUUUCCUCUACCACAGCUUUGAGGAUUUCAAGAACCUGGCCUUGCGAAUUCGCGGCGAUCCACACGAAACUAUGUACGACACGUCCGUGAACCAGACACUGUGUGACAACAUCUGUCACAAGCCGUUCAACGACACGGACUACGGCUGCUGUGAUUUCAGCGCCAAGUGUACGUGUUCACUCGUCGGCGGGCGACACGACUGCGUCUGCGGACCGGGCACGUACGGACGCAGCGGCUUCUUGUACGAAUGUAAAUUGUGUCCGCGCGGCUCUUACAAGUCAACCUACGAACCCACAGAUGGGUGCACCCCGUGCCCGCCCGACUCGACGACGACUUAUCCCGGCAGCCAAACCGUGGCGGCGUGCGAGUGCAAAGAAGGCUACGAGGGAAAUCCGCAGAGUGGAGAGCCGUGCCGGAUUGUUUCUUGCCCGCCUUUAACGUCGCUUAGAAAUGGGAGGAUUUUGCCGGCUCCCUGCGACAACAAGUACCAGUCAGUGUGCUCCUUCGAGUGCGACGUCGGUUACGAGCUACAAGACCCGGCGUCCGCCAAGCGCCGAUGUCAGGCCGACGGUCAUUGGACGGAAACAGUAGCACAGUGCCGAAAGGUUCAGUGUCCCGCGCUGAUACCACCCCCAAAUGGCCUGAUCGUUCAGUGUCGGAAUCAGGAGGCUGGUAAGCGUAACGUCUACGACACAACUUGCAGUUUUCGUUGUAAUGAUGGGUUCAACCCAGUUGGAAAUCGGGAACGGACAUGCACGGCCUCAGGAGAGUGGUCUGGAAACUUCUCAUGCACACCCAUCACUUGUCCAGCGUUUCCCCCCCUGCGCCACGGCUCAACUCAACCCUCGAAAUGCUCCACAAGGCGACCCGUUAAUUUCAUCUGCCUCUUCAAGUGCAAAGAUGGAUUUAAACUGCGUGGUCCCUCGUUCAAGACGUGCGAGGCCGGUGGCAGUUGGUCACGCGCUGGGGAAGAGGUUGCCUGUGUGGAUGAUACCCCACCGGAAAUAAUCACCUGUCCACGAUCUGUGGUUAAAGAUGCCGAUCCUGGUCUGUCCUCGGCUGAGGUAAGCUGGGAUAUGCCAACUUUUCAGGACAACCUGGACAGAACAGAUGCUCUCACCGUCAUGGUCACUCCAGACGGUCUGAAGUCCCCUCAUCGCUUUGAGAUCGGAUCAGUGGUCAUCACUUACAACGUGACAGACAGGGCUGGCCUAAGCUCAUUAUGCUUGCUCAAAGUCGUUAUUCGAGACACAGAGCCACCAACAGUGGACAGCUGCCCAGGGCCAAUCAUUGACAUCACCUCGAAGAAGAAGACCAAAAGUGUGUCAUGGGAUGAACCUGAAUUCGCUGACAACUCCAAACAGGAACUGAAUAUCGAGAAGACACACGAGCAAGGGGCCGACUUCACCUGGGGUUCGCACAUUGUGACUUACACAGCUAGAGAUGGAGCGGGACUGAGCAUAGAGUGCCAGUUUACGAUUCGUCUUGGACCCACCAGAUGUCCGAAUUACCCGGACCCGCGAAACGGCGCCAGGGCCUGUGACGCGUGGCUCUUCGGUCAGUUCUGUCGGAUAUUCUGCAACGCAGCCUUCGAUUUCUCCGAAAAGCCAGCUAAUUAUUACAUUUGCUCUCAUGGGAAAUGGCGCACAGUACCACCUAGAAUGGCCAUACCCUGGCCAGACUGUUCAGAGAGAGCAGCUGCAGACGGAUACAGACGGGGCAUGGAAUCCCAGUACUAUGCAGGGGACUGUAGCGAUGAGAAGGCCCAGCGAGCAAUCAAGGAAGCGUUUGUGGAGGAUUUCAAGAAGAGUGUGAUGGGACAAAACGGUGGCUGCGUCGCCGACAAUGCCUGCACGGUCGAGUAUGUGACCGUGUAUUGUGGGGAGAUUGACGAGGACAGGCGGCGCAGAAGACGCCGUCAGACUGCCGGUGACGAGACAGACUUUGGUAGCAUCGUCACCUUAGAUUUCACAGUGUCGACGAGGAUACGAUCUGUAGCUGAGAACAAAACGCUACUCCGGGCUCAACAGAGAAACGCCGAACAGACACUGGAUGAAAUUAGCUGGGACUACGAACGACUUGCACAGGCCGGACAGCUGCGCCUGUUGGUUGAGAAUGAAACCCUGCCCGUCGUAGAGGGCUCCGUCACGAUCAACGAGAGUGUUCCACUGUGCCGUCGUGGGUCCGUCGUACUGAAUGAAACGGACUGUCUCAGCUGCACCGUGGGUUCGUACUUCGACAGCAAAACAGAGACCUGCAAAGUUUGUGCUGAAGGGACGUACCAGGACGAGGAGGGACAGGAUGAAUGCAAGCCGUGUCCCUGGGGGACAUGGACCGAUGGACCACAAGCCAAGGACGUCAACCAGUGCCGUCCCGAGUGUAAACCCGGUACGUUCUCACCGACCGGACUGGCCACUUGCCGACCGUGUUCACGGGGUUUCUUCCAGCCUAGUUUCAAGCAGACGGCCUGCCUGCCGUGUAGGGAGGGUACUACAACGUCAGCAACGGGGUCUAGGUCAUCGAGGAAAUGCCAAGCCGUCUGUGGCCCAGGAACAUUCAGUGCAACUGGACUCCAUCCAUGUCAACCUUGCCCACUGGGAUCGUAUCAGCCUGCAGAGCAACAGACUCAAUGCAUUCCAUGUGCGGGUAGCGGAACAACAGCAUUUAACGGUUCCACAUCUGGAGAGGAAUGCAUAGAGAUUGACGCCUGUGAAUCUUCUCCGUGUCAAAAUGGCGCCGUUUGCAAUAACGACAGAGGCACAUUCAACUGCCUGUGUAUGACAGGGUUCACUGGUACUACUUGCGAGAUCGAUAUAGACGAAUGCUGGUCCCAACCCUGCCUCUUCAAUGGAACUUGCGUCGACAACGUUGGAGGCUUUGACUGUCACUGCAUGCCUGGAUACGAGGGCACCCUCUGCCAGACAGAAAUCAACGAAUGCUUGUCAGACCCGUGUCAGAAUGAGGCCAGAUGCCAAGACCAGGUGAACGGUUUUGAGUGUAACUGCGUGGACGGGUUUUGGGGACCGUUGUGCGAAAACCGACCGGAUCCUUGCGCCGGCCAAGCCUGUCUGAACGGAGGAUUCUGCAUCGAGACGCCUGGUUCUUUCCAGUGCCUCUGUCAGUCUGGGUUCAAGGGACUCCGAUGCCAGACGGACGUGAACGAGUGCGACCUUCAACCAUGCCAAAAUGGCGGAAGUUGUGAAAACACACCCGGGAGCUAUCAGUGCGCAUGUCAGCCUGGGUUUGAGGGGACACAUUGUGAGGUGAACAUCGAUGAGUGCCAAGACCAUGCGUGUGCCAAUGGUUCCAGCUGCCGUGACGUCAUUGCAGGCUACCAAUGCCUGUGCCCGCCAGGUGUCACGGGCCAGCUCUGUGAGACGGAAAUGUCUCAGGAAUUCCUGCUCGAUUUCACCAACUCUAGGACGUCAGAAUUUUCCCUCCUACGGACCAAAAUCUCACCCGAUUUUGUGGAUUUAAUUCUCAGACUAGACACUAGACAUCACAGGAUGCAUCGUGGAAGCGUCACACGCGUCCAUGAAAAUUCAGUUGGCUGUGCGCGGCUUCCGUAG